GGGGGGUGCUGCCCGCCGCCUUGCCCGCCUUCAGCAUCACCGGCAUGUGGAUCGUGUAUGCCAUGGCGCUCUCCAACAACCACAUAUGCCCAGUCCACAAUUGGAUUUACAAUCAGUCGUGUGAGCUGGAGAGCCCCCUGUCCUGCUGCACUCUGGAUCACGUCCCUCUGGUCAGCAAGUGUGGCACUUUCCCCCCCGAGAGCUGCUUCUUCAGCCUGAUCUGCAGCCUGGGCUCCUUCAUGGUGAUGCUGGUGGGCCUGCUGAGGUACGCUCACAUCCUGGAGCAUUGCGGCUCUUCCCUCCUCAACACCUUGGGGCUGGCUGCAGGCUGGAUCUGCGCCGCCGGACUCAUUAUGGUUGGCAGCUUCCAGGUGGACCAGGCCAAAGUGCUGCAUUACAUCGGGGCCGGCGUGGCUUUCCCCACCAGCAUGCUCUUCUUGUUCCUUCAGUCGGUUCUGACGUACCGCACAGCAAAGUCCAGGGGUCAUUACUGGACGGGACACCUGCGCAGCCUCCUCGCGGCCCUCGCCUUCGUUACCCUCGUCUUCAGUGGUGUAUUUUUCAACCAGGAGAGCUUUGUACUUCAACACCUGGCUGCUCUCUGCGAAUGGAUGUUUAUAAUCAACGUCCUCGUCUUCUACGGCACCUUCACUGCUGAAUUCGGGGCCAUCUCCACAGACACCUUCCUGGUUCUUCUGAAAGACAGGCGGACUUCUAAAAGCUACAGCGCGGACAGCAGCGCACCCAGCAUGUGCCACGUCCCCAGCCAUUUGGAGAACCUGGCCAUGAUUUGA